AUGCCCCGCCUCGUCCGCCGCGCUCCCCUCUCCGAGCGCAUCCAAGCCUACCUCGAUCCCUCCGACUGGCUCAUCUGGAUCUCAGAGGAACUCAACAGCUCCGACUGGGAAGACUUUGCAUCGACAUAUGCCCUGUACAUCGGGUGUGGCGCCAACAUCGCCUUUGUCAUCGCGCAGGCAAAUAGCGUCGCUUCCACGGGCUACGACAGCGACAAUGUGUUCAAAGAAGUCUCGGGGCCUGGCUGGGUCCGAUGGUUUUCGAGCCUGCUGGUGCUGAUACUGGGUGCUGCGGCAUGGGGCAAUGCAUGGCUGAGCGUGGAGGUUGUGCCUGCAACACCGAGUGCGCAGCGCGUGAGGGUUGAUUCGUCGCCGCUGGGCGUCUCGCCGAUGGGAUACAUCAAGAAGGUGGUCGCGAGGAACUCGGCGGCGUCCAGGGCACACCCGGAUGCUGGACGAGAUGUCUGGGAGAUUGCUGUGUGGGACCCGAAUCCGCUGUGCUUGGAGCUGUUCUGCUUGUUCAGUCCGUUGCAUGUGGUGUUGUACUAUCUCAACCUCCCCGUCGCGCCGCUGGAUCCGAGACCGAGCAUCAAAGUCACAACAACCAUCUUCAUCGGAGCGAUAUUGUCGCUGCAGUUGUGGUGGCUGAGGAGCGCGUUCAUGCAGCAAACAAAGGACAACCACAUCAUCAGCCGCGAAGUUCUACACGAAUACGAUAACAAGUUCGUUCAUCCUAGACUACAGAAGACAAGCCGAGACGUCGGAAUCCAGACCAUAUCUCGCAAGCGCAACAGAGACUCAAGUGUCGGCGUCAAGGGCAACAGCGACGACCUAGCGAGCGAAGUCGUCACAUACACACCCACCACCGUCAUAAACCGCUCUUUCCGCACGAACCCCAACGUCGCGUACGCAUCUCAGUACGACCCCGACAACACAUCCGUCGCACGAACACCAUCCGCCAGACCCAGCUACAGCACCACAUCCACAUCAAUGACCUCCUCCGCUGCCACUCCCGCAGACUUCUCCUCUCCCAUUCGCCCUUCCAACACGCCCAAUCCCUUUCGCCAAGCACCCGCCAUGCGCACCGGCGACGGCGGCAGCCUCGGGCCCAUUGCGCAAAUCAGCAAGUGUGACUUUCGGCGAGCGCGGGAGAGAUAG